AUGACGCAGGCUCUCACCGACGACUUCCAGUACGCUCCUCCUCCGAAGCUUGCCAACCCCGGCCCUCUGGGUUACUUCUCUCUCGGAACGACGACGCUUCUCGUCGGUCUCAUGAUCUACGGCGUCCAGGGUGUCCAGUCGUUGGCCAUGCUCAUCGGACAAGUGGCGGCAGUUGGUGGUCUCGGCAUGCUCAUCUCUUGCUUCUGGCACUACCAGCAGGGUUCCAACUUCGGCACUGCCGCCUUCGGCAUGUACGGUCUCUUCUACAUCUCUCUCGCGAUCGUCCUCUACCCCAUUGCCGGUGCUUCUGCGGGCUACCCCGACGCGGCCGACUACAACACGGCGCUCGGCCUGUACCUCCUCGUCUGGUUCCUACUCUCGCUUGUCAUGUGGCCCGUUACGUGGCGCAUUAACGUCGGCCUCACCGUGCUCUUCACCUUUGUCUGGCUCUACUUCCUCUUCCUCGCGGUCGGCUUCAUGAUUUCGCACAAGCAGGUCAUCAACACCGGCGCCGCGUUCGGUAUGUGCGUCGGUGCCUGGAGCUACAUCCUUGGCAUGGAGCACCUCUACGCUGAGGACGACUGCUUCAUCAAGAUCCCCAACCCCAGCCUCGCCAAGAAGCGCGACUAA